AUGGGAAUUGCAUUUGCUGAUUGCGUGCAAAGAUUCAGUAAAGCAAUGGAUUCAAACUCUAUAUUGCUCGCGUGCUUAUUGUACCUUUCGUGGUUGGCCUUGGUUACUGCGAAGGGGCCGUGUAUCUGUCCCCUCAACUUCGCCCCCGUCUGUGGGUCCGAUGGCCAGACUUACGGAAACGAACGCUGCAUGAAGUGCGCCAACCCAGAACUGAGGGUCGUGAGGCCAGGAGUCUGCUCACAACCACAAGCAAUCGACGAAUAUUGGUUGAGAGUUGGCUGCAUACCACUUGGGGAAACCAGACACCAUUAUCCCUUGCAAAAACUCUUAUGU